CCUUCAUUUGACUGUUGUUCGUCAUUGCAAGAGACUCAGAUUACUGGGGUAGUUUACUUCCGCAUCCUCCCCAUCAUAUCGUCUCGAAGGUAUUCAAUGGUUUUCUAGUGUGUGCACACGCAGUCAGGGCGUGGUUGUCGUGCACGUUGCCUAGUGUCCAUAGGCACCUUGAGCAUGUCCGCAGUACGCUUUUUGAUGGCCUAUAUCGUUCGUUAGAUCUUUUCCCAACUUUUUCUGACGUUAUGCAGACCAACUCCGGGUUGCUUGGGAACAUUGUGAGGGCAUCGCACCGGUCUAGAUGCGAGCUCAGGCGAAACAUAAUCUCCGAAUAGAGCACUCCUCCGUCCCGCAUCACAUUAGCCGGUGACAUUGGUGGUCCCUUCGGGCGUGCUAUAAACGUGUCACAAUCCACACACCCACCUGCCUUGCACCUUCCCCCCGAAACUUCCAUUCCCUUCGCUUCUUCAUUGCGAACCUCACGACGUCUAAUAACUAUCCUUAUAAAAAGGCGCAAGAUGCAGUUCUCAGAGCUCAACGAUCCUAGUGCUAUGUCUCACCCUGAAGUCCACGGUGUCGUCGUGUUGGCUCGCAAUGGUGACCGUACCGAGUGUCCUCAACAUCCUAUCACCUAUCAGGCGGGAUCAACUGCCAGCACACCUUUGGGCGAGGUUCAAGCUUAUCAACUUGGAACUUUCUUGCGUAGCACCUACAUCAGUCCAUCCUCUUCUUCUCACAUCCAGGGCAUUUCCUCUGACCUCGUCGACCUCAAAGAGGUUCAUGUUCGCGUGAAGGUCGGCACUGAGGGCGCGUCCGUCUUCGACAGUGCCACUGCCGUUCUUCAGGGUCUCUUCCCUCCCACUGAGAAAAACCGCAUGACUUUGGCCAACGAGACCACUGUCGUUGCUCCUCUCGGUGGUUACCAAUAUGUGCCCAUUGAGACUGUCGAGCCCGUCAACGACCGUUCUUUAGAGAGUUGGACUAACUGCCCGGCCUUCCAAAAGCACGUCGAGCAAGUCUUGAAGUCGGACAAGGCUCGUGAGGUCGAGAAAAAUGCUCAGCCUUUCUUCAACACCCUCAGGGACUUCGUCUUUGGUCGUCCCACUACUAUUGAGAACAUGCUCUACGAUCACGUCUCCUCCGAACUGGUUCACAAUAAGACCUUUGCUCACCGUUUCCCUCCCACUUUCAUUGAGCAAGCUCGUGGUCUGGCCAACUUCCGCGAGAAUGCCAUCUUCUCUGAUGAGCGUAUGGGCGGUAUUGGAAACAUUGCUAGCCGUACUGUCUUGAGCUCCAUCCUCAAGGCUCUCCAGCGUAUUGCCUUCAACGAUGACCCUCUCAAGUUCAUGCUCAUCGAGACAACUUACCAACCUUUCAUCUCUUUCUUCCACCAGACUGGUGCAGUCAAGAAGCACCCCGAGCUCCAGGCUAUCCCCGACUUCGGCUCUGCUAUUGCCAUUGAGCUCCGUCGUGCACCUCCCCCGGAUGCCCGCGAGUUCUUGAGGUUCAAGUGGAGGAACGGUACCAGUGGUAACUUUGAGACUGUCAACGUCUUCAACCACCACGAAGACAUCCCUCUUACUGAGUUCAUUUACCGUCUUGAGAACUCCGUUGUUGACAGCAACCGUGAGUGGGCUCAAGCGUGUCAAGCCAGCUCUGCCUCCUCUUGGAUGGGCCUCGAGUCUUCUGAUGUCGCUGCCAACCGCUUCAUGGACGCUGUGUUCGGCAUGACUGCGCUUUUCUUCUUGAUGCUCUUUGCCUGGUUUGGUUCGCAUGCUGUCAAGAGUUACCGCCGCCGCAACUACGUUCGUCUUCAGGGGGAUGAGAUGAUCCAUGCCAACCCCCAGGUCGUCUCCUGCGGCACUCAAAAUGAGAAGGCUUAAGCGUGUUCUGCGAUUGGCUCGGUCUCCGCACAUUGGGUUGCAUCGACUACGGACAAUAGACUGGUCACAUUUGAACUCUACUCGCUCCUAACGCAUAUCUGAUUACGAUUUGUUACGCAUCUACGAUGUUAUUACGACUUCUGCAUAUUGUAUCAUCUGUACAGCUUGUUCACAAUGUACAGUUUUGUCCUCUC